UCCCGCCCCUCCGCCUACUCCAGCCUCCGCCGCCUCAGCUUCCCGAGCGAGCCCUGCGGCCGCCGGAGCAGCUCCCGCGGCGGAGCAGGAGCCGGAUGGUCAGAGGAGCCCGGCAGCCCCAGCAGCCGCGGAGUCGCCUGGCCCCCAGACUGACGGGCACAGUGGAGAAACCACCUCGAAAACGGAAAAGCAGGACUGAAUUUGCUCUUCAAGAAAUCAUGUCCUCUGGAGGUGCGGAAGAUGACAUCCCACAGGGAGAGAGGAAAACAGUGACAGAUUUUUGUUAUCUUCUGGAUAAAUCUAAGCAACUGUUCAAUGGGUUAAGAGAUUUGCCACAAUAUGGGCAGAAGCAGUGGCAGUCCUAUUUUGGAAGAACUUUUGAUGUUUACACCAAACUCUGGAAGUUCCAGCAACAGCAUCGACAAGUCUUGGAUAAUCGGUAUGGCUUGAAGCGCUGGCAAAUAGGGGAAAUUGCUUCUAAGAUUGGGCAGCUAUACUACCAUUAUUACCUACGCACAUCUGAGACCAGCUAUCUGAAUGAGGCUUUCUCCUUCUAUUCUGCAAUCAGACAGAGAUCCUAUUAUUCUCAAGUCAAUAAAGAGGACAGACCUGAGUUAGUAGUUAAGAAGCUACGAUACUAUGCAAGAUUUAUAGUAGUUUGUCUUCUUCUCAACAAAAUGGAUGUUGUGAAGGAUCUGGUGAAGGAAUUGUCAGAUGAAAUUGAAGAUUAUACUCACCGCUUUAAUACUGAAGAUCAAGUGGAGUGGAACCUGGUACUUCAAGAAGUAGCAGCUUUCAUUGAGGCGGACCCCGUAAUGGUAUUAAAUGAUGACAAUACCAUUGUUAUCACAUCUAAUCGCCUUGCUGAAACAGGAGCCCCACUGCUGGAACAGGGCAUGAUUGUGGGACAGUUGUCUCUGGCUGAUGCACUCAUUAUUGGCAACUGUAAUAACCAGGUUAAGUUCAGUGAACUAACUGUUGACAUGUUCCGGAUGUUACAAGCCCUGGAAAGGGAGCCAAUGAAUUUAGCCUCCCAGAUGAAUAAGCCAGGAAUGCAGGACUCAGCUGACAAGCCUACCAGACGAGAAAACCCCCACAAGUAUCUGCUCUACAAACCAACCUUCAGCCAACUCUAUACCUUCUUAGCAGCAUCUUUUAAGGAGCUGCCUGCCAAUAGUGUGCUUCUGAUUUACCUGUCAGCCACUGGCGUUUUCCCCACAGGUCGUUCUGAUAGUGAAGGUCCUUAUGAUUUUGGAGGGGUACUUACUAAUAGUAACCGGGAUAUUAUAAAUGGAGAUGCCAUCCACAAACGAAAUCAAUCCCACAAGGAAAUGCACUGCCUUCACCCUGGAGAUCUCUAUCCUUUCACAAGGAAGCCCCUGUUCAUCAUUGUGGAUUCAUCCAAUAGUGUUGCAUAUAAGAAUUUCACAAACUUAUUUGGACAGCCACUAGUCUGCUUGCUUUCUCCUACAGCAUAUCCAAAAGCUUUACAAGAUCAAUCUCAACGAGGUAGCCUCUUCACUCUCUUUUUGAACAAUCCUCUAAUGGCCUUCCUAUUUGUCUCUGGAUUGUCAAGCAUGCGUAGAGGCCUGUGGGAAAAGUGUCAAGAAUAUCUUCGAAAAAUCAACCGCGACAUUGCCCAGCUACUGACCCAUUCACGUUCAAUAGAUCAGGCAUUUCUCCAGUUUUUUGGAGAUGAAUUUCUCCGCUUGCUUCUCACAAGAUUUAUCUUUUGUUCAGCCACCAUGAGGAUGCACAAGAUUUUUCGGGAAACACGAAAUUAUCCAGAAUCAUAUCCACAACUGCCAAGGGAUGAAACAGUGGAGAACCCUCAUCUCCAGAAGCACAUUUUGGAAUUAGCAUCCAUUCUGGAUGUUCGAAACGUGUUCCUUGAGAAUACCAUAGAUGACUAUUAAAACAAAAAUCCUCUUGUCAAAACAAUUUUUCAUUUGCCACAGAUUUUAAAUGGUGCAGUUUUUUAAUGUGAUGACAGACACAUAGUGGUGUUAGUUUUUAUUUUUUAAUUUAGGACCACCAUUUUAAAAACAAACUGAAAAAAUUGUUCAAACUUUUAGGGUAACUGUUUUAAAAUACAAUCUUUCAGGUCUUUUAAAAAACUCGAUUAAUCUUGGAAUUUUUAUUUUUUGGUUUUGAGGUAUGGAUACUUACCUCCAACAUCUAAUCCUACACUCCAGUAGUCACUAUUCUCACCCUGGGAAGAGUAAAUCAUUUAUUUUUGUAUAAUGUGGAAAAUCCAGCUCUUAUACUUGGACCUUAAAUGUGUGGAUUUGGAAAAUAUGUAAUUGUUCACAAAGGUGAAACUAGCCAGCAUGGACUACCAAAAAUCAAGAACCGAGUCCUUCCAUAAUAUUUCUUUUCAUUCCAAGUUAGUAGGUAUAAACGUGUAAUUCUUUGAAGCAUAAUCAAGACAGUUCUUGAAAUCAUUUAAUUCGUUCAAAUACUGUCAAAAUUUUAGAAACUGUAUAGAAUUGAUUUGCAUCUGAAAGCUAAAUCUUUAAUUGGGGUCUUGAGAUGAUAAAUACCAUUUGGAAUGUGUGUAUCCUGUGUUAUCAGGAGAUAUGUUUGCAUACUUUAUUUUCUUUGUAGUCUUUGAAUGUUGGAAAUGAAAAAGAACAACAACUUUUAAAUAUUUCAGUCAAAAAAUCAGAUUGUCAGUUUCAUAACACAGUGUUUCCAGUAGGAAUUCUGUUUAAACUCUUAAAUCAUGAGAUCAAGUUUAAAGACUAUCUAGAUUGAAGUCUGUGGCAUACUGUACAGAGGCUGUAAUCUUUUUGCCUAGUUCAAAUUUAUGAGAGUUCAAAGUCAGAGAUGUUAUUAAUUUUAGUUGGAGGUAACUGAAUUGUUAUUUAACUUAAAGUGGAAGUGGCUUUUGCAUUGACAGUUUGGAA